UGAGGCCAGCUACACAGAAUGUGUCAAUCAAUUGACAACUCUUUGGCAAUGGGGAUCUAAAAGAGAGUCUGCAGCUCUCCUCUCAGGGACAGUCUUCUGCAGCCCUUGGUUGAUCACGGGCUUGUCUGGCAUCUUUCAUCUAUAUCAUUCCUCUUUCCAUCUUCCCAUCCUUCCCCCUGUCAUGAAGGGCUUAUCUAGUAGUCGGAGUCACCAUCAUGUGGUCUCCUAUGAGCCAUCAUAUGAUCCACUGGGUUACCAUGUUGACCGCAAGCCAUAUUUGAUCAGUCAGAUGGACAUGCCUGUGCCCAUCCCCAUGCCGCAUCCAGCUGAUAUGCCCUUCUACAAUUCUCAGCGUACCUCGUACCCCUCUGACAGCAACAGCAUCGUCCCAUAUGGAACCUUCCCAAGGAGGUGCCACUCAACCUCCUCAUCUCACCAUCCCGAGGUAAAGGAUGAGUGUAUGGCCAUGGUACCAUAUGUAGGAGGAGGAGGGGGAGGAGGAGGAGCUGGAGGAGGCUAUGGAGGUAAAAUGCCCAACCGGGUUCAAGCACACUUUGCAGACCCAUUUGAGCAUCAGCUAUCAUUUUCCAGAGAUGGCUACCAUACACUGCAGUACAAACGAGGAAUGCAGCCCCACAGUGGGGGCAUGGCAGCCAACAACAACAACAAUGACAGCCCUGGGAGAAUUCGUCACCUUGUCCACUCAGUCCAGAAACUCUUCACCAAGUCACAUUCAUUGGAGGGCCCACACCACACGCAGUCCACAAAAGGGGCCAAUAAUGGAAGCAUUAAUGGUGGCGGUGGUGGUGUUGGAGGAGGUGGUGGUGGUGGUUCAAGGGCCUGCCCAGAGGGUGAAACUCCACCAGUGGGAGUGCGCCACCGGAAGCGCAGCAAGAGCCGCGAGCGCUGUCGUUCAGCCGAGCCCAAGCAUCGUAGCCACCAUCACCACCACCACCAGCUCCACGGCUCAGCAUCUGCUCCGGGCUCUGGAUAUUGGAGCUCAGAUGACAACCUGGAACGGGAGCUGUGUCUCUACCACCCUCACCACCACCAACCACCACCCUCACCCUCACCCUCCAUUUCUCCCUCACCCAUCGCUAUGACAAUGGGCCGCUACCCCAGCAACAACCCCGACACGUUCCCCCAGGCGCCAAUCCCCAGUCUCUCUUCCUCGCAGUCCCAGCAGUACUUCAUGAUGGACCCUUACGGCACACUCAAUGAACAUACACACACCCAUGCACCCCAUGGCCACACACACCACCAUCCUGCACUCAAAGCCUCCCGGAGCAACAACGAUGUGAAGUAUGCAGCGCCAUCAGCAUGUGUGCCAGUUAGUGGUAGCAGCAGUGGCCGUAUCGGUGGAGGAAGUGGCCCCUUGCUGCCACUGAGUCUUGUGGAUGGGCCCCUCGCGAAGAAAGGGGCAUGGUCAUCGAGCCUAACGGUGAGCAGGGCCAGAGAGGUUUACACCAACAGCAACAUCCACAACCACCUACGAGCCAGCGCAGGAUCCGGUAACCUAAACCUAGAUAGAGCUCUAGUCAAAUCUAAGGGCAGUCAGCAGCAGGAGCGCUCUUGCCAUUUCUUACAGGUACCUCAGGAUGAGUGGAGUGGCUUCUCUCCUCUAGGGAAGGAGGACGACAUCCCCUGUCGGAGGAUGAGGAGUGGCAGCUACGUCAAAGCCAUGGCUGAGGAUGACAGCGGAGACUCUGAUGGGAGUCCUAAACCCUCACCCAAGAUCCAGGCCCGCCGGGCCAGCUACCUAAAGGCCACACAGCCAUCACUGACUGAGAUGACCACUCUACAGAUUUCGACGGAGCACUCUCCCAAGCUGCAGAUCAGGAGCCACAGUUACCUGCGUGCGGUGAGUGAGGUUUCAAUCAAUAGAAGCCUGGAUACCCUGGACCCCAAAACCCUCCUCGACCCUAAAUCGCUGCUGUCCUCACCCCAAUACCGUUCUCGCAAUGAAAGCUACAUGAGGGCCAUGAGCACCAUCAGUCAGCUGAGUGAAGUGGAGGUGAAUGGCCAAAUUGAGCAGUUGUGUGAGCAGGUCUACAGUGAGAUGCAGUCCCAGGCCAUGGAGGCUGCCAUGGACAGUAUGGACACCAUGGAAACAAUGGACACCCUUCCAAUGCCAGGAUGCUUCCGGAUGCGAAGUCCCAGCUAUGUGAGGGCGAUUGACCAGGGGUGUGCGGGAGAGGAAGAAGGAGAAGAGGGAAGACCACUGCUCCUGCUGCCCUCCUCCCCACCACGCACAUCUGCCACUACUGUGAGAACCAUCCAGAGCAGUACAGUUUCUUCUUGCAUUACCACAUACAAGAAAACCCCUCCACCAGUGCCACCCCGGACCUCCACCUGCUCCACAGCCUCCAAGCCUUACAUCUCCAUCACAGCCCAGAGCAGCACAGAGUCUGCACAGGAUGCAUACAUGGAAGAGGAGGCACCCAGAGGUGACAUGACCAUCCAAUCAGGGCUCAGUAAUUCAACAGAAAGUAUUGACAGCAUGAAGGCCUUGACAGCUGCAAUAGAAGCUGCUAAUGCACAGGUCCACGGACCAGCCAGUCAGCAUGUGAAUAACAGCACCAUGACGGUCAGCCCCCCCACCUCCUCAGUUCUAAGCAGGGGGCCUUUUGAGCAGCGGGAUCAAUACAGGAAAGAAGCACUCAGGAAGGGCAAAUGUCUCUCCAUAGGCAUCCAGGUGGAUGAACCAGGAGAGGUUACAGAUCCAGAGGACCCAUCUAAGUUCACCUCUGUGGGGAUACAAGUGGAAGAUGAUAGGGGAUAUCGUCGGUUUCAACGCUCAAACAGUGUUACAGCAGCUGUGCAGGCAGAUCUGGACAUGCCCGACUUGCUGGACACUCCCUUGGACUCCUCAGACAUUGAUUUAGAUGUCCUGUCAUUGGGUGCCAUCUCUCGACAAUUAUCCCGUGAUGCUGCCACGUCCACCGUCAGCAUCCAGGGCUCAGGGAAUCACUACCAUGCCUGUGCCUCCGACGACUACGAGGAUGUGGGAUUCGACCCGUCCAUCCUCCCCCCUCCAGACCCUUGGAUAGACAGUGUAAUAGAUGACCCACUUGAUGUGGUGCAGCGUUCAGUGUGUCACAGAGAUGGACGCUGGUUUCUAAAGCUGCUUCAGGCUGAGACAGACCGCAUGGAGGGCUGGUGCCACCAGAUGGAGCUCGACCAACGCGAAAAUGACCUGCCUGAAGAUAUCCUUGGGAAGAUGAGGAGUGCAGUGGGAAGCGCUCAGCUUCUGAUGUCUCAGAAGUUCCAGCAGUUCAGGGAACUGUGUGAGGAGAACCUGAACCCUAAAGCCCACCCUCGUCCUGUGGCUUCAGACCUGGCUGGUUUUUGGGAUAUGCUUCAGCUGUCAAUUGAGAACAUAAGCCUGAAGUUUGAUGAGCUUCACCAGCUCAGAGCCAACAACUGGAGACCUCUGGAUCCCCCUGAGAGAAAGGAGAGGCGACUUCCACCUCCAGUACCAAAAAAGCCACCCAAGGGCCCCCACCACCACCCUCCUCUGGCCAGGGACCGCUCAUUGGAGAGCUCAGAGAAACAGCGACAGGAGGCCAGGAAGCGCCUGAUGGCAGCCAAAAGAGCUGCCUCUGUACGACAAAACUCAGCAACAGAGAGUGCCGACAGCAUUGAGAUCUACAUUCCAGAAGCUCAGACAAGGCUAUGA